AUGCCUCCUGCAUCUGUAUCCAAUUGUGGAAAUCCACUACUUCUCAAAUGGCUCGAAGAAUGGGUUGUCGAGGCACAAGAGCGAGGAUACAAAUCUCUCUCGACCUUGAAAAGAGCCCGCGAUUCCAUGAAAGUCUGUCCUAUGAAAUUUGAUCAUCCCAGUCAAGCAAUAUGCUUGAAUGGACUUGGAUAUGGUCUUGCCAAAAGAUUGACGGAGAGUCUGGAGAAGUAUUGCGAUGAGAUUGGGAUUGCUAUGCCCAAGAAGCCAAGGGGCAAAAAGAGAAAGUCGGCUGUUGUUGAUGGGGGAGGAGAGAAUGGGGAUGACCUUGUUACGCCUUCGCCUUCACCAAAGAAAGUUAGGAAGACUAAAUCCUAUGUUCCAACAUUGAGAUCGGGCGCUUAUGCUAUAUUGCUGGCUUUAUCUACGCAACCAAAGAAUAGUAGGAGUGGGAUCACCAAAGAAGAGAUCAUCGCAUUAGCAGAACCUAAUUGCGAUUUCUCCUUUACACAACCAAGACCUAGUGAAUAUUAUACGGCGUGGAAUUCCAUGAAAACUUUGAUCAACAAAGAUUUUGUAUACACGAAAAAGAAUCCAGCUUCCAGAUAUUAUCUCACAGAUGAGGGGUGGGAUCUUGCCGAUACCAUCAAUGCUAGCGGUGAUCCCAAGUUAGGACGAGCAAAUGAUUUCCAACCUGUCGAACCCGGUCCAUCUGGCAGGACAUCCAGAAAUCAAGGCGAAGAGUCUGAUUCAGAACUCGAAGAGAUCGAAUCUUCAUCACGUCCACGAUCAAAAACUAACCCCAAUAUACCCGAUAUACCCGACGGAGACAGCAUGACCAUCCCAACCUUCGAGCCCAUCAUUCUCCGCCCGGGCACCUUCACCGUCGAACUCAUCGUCGACGCCCGCGAAGUAGUCAGCGCCAAAAACCGCGACGGAAUCCCCAAUCAACUAACCGACAUGGGAGUUCCCCAUUCCGUUCGAGCCCUCCCACUCGGAGAUUUCCUCUGGGUAGCCCGAGUCCACCCCGACCAAGCGCGCUGGCUCGAUCUUGGGACAUCGCAACUCAUCAUGCUCGACUACAUCAUGGAGCGCAAACGACUGGACGACCUCAUAAGUUCACUCAAAGACGGGCGCUACGAAGAGCAGAAAUUCCGCCUCAAGAAAUCCGGCAUCACCAACGUCAAAUACCUCAUCGAACACAAGCAAGUCGACCCCGACGUCAUGGAGCAAUGGGAUACCUCCAUCAACACCGCUAUUGCCAGAAUGACGAUCCAAGACCACAUCAACGUGAAACAAACCCUAGACCUCGGCGAAAGUCUCCGCUACCUCCAGCGCAUGACGCAUCUCCUCAAGAAACAAUACGAAGAAAAGCCCCUCCACGUGAUCCCGACCCGCGUACUCACUUCUAAAAAUUACCUCCCCUUAAUGGCUCAUCUACGAGCUACUCACCCCUCAAUCGAAUACUCCAUCGAAUUCGACGCUUUCGACGCUUUAUCCGACAAAUCGCAAAACCUAACCCUCAAAGAUAUCUUCCUCAAGAUGCUCAUGCGCACCAAGGGGAUCUCGGCCCCUAAAGCUAUCGAGAUACAAAAGCGAUGGCCUACACCUAUUGCUUUCCUUACCGCCUAUGCAAAUAUCGACAUAAAUACAGGGGAGGAUUACGAACGAGACGACGCAGCCGAAGAAAACAUCGCUUCACAUGCACAAAAGAGAAAAGGAAAGGGAAAGGGACCAGCCAUCAUCCUACAAACCCCAGAAGAGAUUUCCCAAAAGAGGAAAAGAGAAAUGGUAUCGAGGGAGUUGGGGAUGCUGGUGAUGGGAAGUAAGAAGGUACAAGGGGUGUUGAGUGGGAAGAUUGCGGAGGUGUGGGGGGGUGUGGGUGCUGGUUAA